ACACUCAACAGCUAAGAGCCUAAGAUCGAUGGGUUCCAAUGGAUUUGUAGCUGAUAAACCCCAUGCGGUUUGUGUUCCAGCUCCAGCUCAAAGCCAUAUAAAGGCAAUGCUCAAAUUAGCAAAGCUCCUCCACCACAAGGGUUUCCACAUUACCUUUGUCAACACAGAGUUCAACCACAAACGCUUUCUUAAAUCUCUAGGUCCCAACUCCCUCGACGGCUUGCCUGAUUUUAAAUUCGAGACCAUACCCGAUGGCAUUCCGGCAGGUUCUAAUUCCGAUGAUGAAAAUGCCACCCAAAACAUCCACAUGAUUUGUGAGGUUAUCAUGAAAGAGCUAUUGCUGGCUCCUUUUCGAGAACUACUGUCGAAGCUCAAUGGCAAAGACGUUGCUCCUCCAGUGACUUGCGUCGUUUACGAUAGUAUGAUGCCGUUUGUCAACACUGCUGCUGAAGAAGUUGGAGUGCCUAGAGCAGCCUUCAUCCCUGCUGCUGCUUGCUGCUUUAUGGGAUGUAGGCAGUAUCCUACUUUGGUUGAGAAAGGACUUGCACCACUCAAAGAUGAGACCUGCUUGACAAAUGGGUUCUUGGACAAGGUAUUAGAUUGGGUUCCAGGAAUGAAAAAUAUUCGUUUAAGGGAUUUACCGGCCAACUUUCGAACUACAGACCCCGAUGACAUCGUGUUUAUCAUCACCAUGGAAUCAGCCCUUAGAGCAGAUAAAGCUACGGCAAUAAUUCUUCAUACUUUUGAUGCUUUGGAGCCUCAAAUUCUGGAGGCUCUCUCUAUGCUUAAGCUCCCACCUGUUUAUACAAUUGGGCCUCAACAAUUACACCUCAAUCAAUUACCAGAAGACCCCUUGAAUAUGGGAUACAGUCUAUGGAAAGAAGACACUGAGUGUCUCAAAUGGCUCGAAUCUAAGAAGCAAAACUCAGUUAUUUAUGUCAGCUUUGGCAGUAUAGCGGUCAUGUCACCACAGCAUCUUGUAGAGUUCGGUUGGGGACUUGCAAAUAGUAAUGUUCCCUUCGUCUGGAUCAUUAGACCCGAUUUGGUAGUCGGUGAGUCCGCGAUUUUGCCACCGGAGUUUGUAGCUGAAACCAAGGAAAGAGGUCUAAUCACAAGUUGGUGUCCGCAGGAGCAAGUGCUGAACCACCCAUCAGUUGGAGGGUUUUUGACGCACAGCGGUUGGAACUCAACCAUUGAGAGUUUGUGUGCAGGUGUGCCUAUGCUGUGUUGGCCAUACUUUGCUGAUCAGCAAACAAAUUGUUGGUCUGCUUGUAAUGAAUGGGGCAUUGGCAUGGAGAUCAGUACUGAUGUCAAGAGAGACGAAGUCGAGAAGCUUGUUAGAGAGUUGAUGCAGGGAGAAAAGGGUAAGAAAAUGAAAAAUAAGGCCUUGGAGUGGAAGAAGCUUGCGGAGGAAGCUACUGCUCCCCAUGGUUCAUCAUCCAAGAACUUGGAAAAUUUAGUGAAUCAAGUUCUACUACAGGAAACAUAAGGGCAGAUGUUGGUCUGAUAAUUAGUAACUUAAAGCUAUCCAUGUUUAAUUUGUAAUAAGACAAGCACCUGCUAUCUUGGGAUGCAUGUAAAUUUGUUUUUGGAAUUUAAUUUUUGGGUGGAAAAUAGUCCUAUUCAUUGGCCAUCCGAUGUACUCUGAAAUUUUGUCUUUGGAAAUAAAAUAUAUAACGUA